AAAAAGACAAACCUGUAGAAAAACUUGUAGCAAGAGCAAGAUAUCUAAUUAAUUUCUUAUCAGCUCCAAAACAGGCAAAACAAUUAGAAAAAGCUCAAAUAGUGUUAAAAAAAUUAGUCUCUGAAAUUAAUACUAAUAAAGAAUCAUACUUAUAUAUUACUGCUAAUAUAAUUACUAGAUAG